GUCUGGUGUUAAGAAAUGUCACAGUCCUGCUUAACGAGGGAGUGACAGAGGCUUCUGAUCUGUUACAGUUAGAGUUCAGAUGAUAGAAGGAAGUGCUCACACGCUGAAAAUAGGACAAGCUGAAGUGCAAACACAUCUGACAGAGCUGCCAGACAAACAGCACUCAGCGUAGUGUGAAGGAUUAAUCCUGACUGAAUCAUGUCAGACAGCAUACUGGAGCAAAUCUUCAUUAAAAGAUCUCAGCAGAAGAAGAAGACCUCUCCGCUGAACUACAAGGAGCGCUGGUUCAUUCUCACCCAGGAAAAAAUAGCCUACUAUGAUUUUGAUCCUGAUAAAGGGAAGCGAAAAGGCUUGAGAGGGCACGUCGACAUUGAGAAGAUAAAAUGUGUUGAGGCAGUCCAGCCAGAGCCCAAUUGCCCACAGGAGCGCAUGUAUGCCUUUCAGGUUGUUUAUGAUGAAGGCCCUCUGUACAUUUUUGCAAAGUCUGAAGAUAUUCGAGAUCAAUGGAUCAAGAAGCUGAAAGAAUUGGUGCGUUUCAACAAAGACCUGAUGCAGAAGUAUCAUCCCUGUUUCUGGGUGGACGGGGUGUGGCUGUGCUGCCAGCAGGAAGUUAAACAAGCAAUGGGUUGCAAAGUGCUGGAUCAUAAAAACGGUUUUGCAUCUAAAGCAUCUCAGCGAAGGUGUUCAAGGAAACCUCUACCUCCAACCCCAAAAGAGGAAAAGCCUAGUCGUCCUUUACCCCCCGAGCCUCCUGAGCCUGCUGGCCCCUCGGUAGGCAUGACUGUCAUAGCCGAGUAUAGCUACACACCAAAGACUUUCCAGGACCUGGAGCUGAGGAAGGAUGAGGAGUACACCAUCCUGGAUAUGUCUGAUGACAACUGGUGGAGGGCCAGGGACAAACUCGGAAAUGAAGGAUAUAUACCAAGUAAUUACGUUGUGGAAGCAAAAAAUGGACUAGAAAAAUUCAACUGGUAUUGCAAGAAUAUGAACCGCAGUCAAGCAGAGCAGCUGUUGAAGACUGAGAACAAAGAUGGAGGUUUCUUAGUCCGAGACUCAAGCAAAGCUGGGAAAUACACAGUCUCCCUGCUCACUAAGAGUGGUGGGGAGUCCAGUGGAAGUUGCAGACAUUACAACAUCUGCACCACCGCACAGGGACAGUUUUACCUGGCAGAGAAGCACAAUUUCGAAACCAUCCCAGAACUCAUCAACUAUCACCAGCACAACGCAGCAGGUAUGGUGAGCAGGCUGAAAUACAUUGUAUCAAACCAAGCCCAGCCUCCAUCAACAACAGGCCUUGGCUAUGGUGAGUGGGAGAUUGACCCACGCUCCCUCACUUUCAUCAAGGAGUUGGGCACUGGCCAGUUUGGAGUGGUGAAGUAUGGGAAGUGGCAGGGCCAGCAUGACGUGGCCAUUAAGAUGAUUAAAGAAGGCUCCAUGUCAGAGGACGAUUUCAUCGAAGAGGCCAAGAUCAUGAUGAAGCUUCGCCAUGAAAACCUCGUCCAGCUGUAUGGCGUCUGCACCAAACAAAGACCCAUUUAUAUAGUGACUGAGUUCCUUUCAAAUGGCUGCCUGCUGACGUACCUCAGGGAGGGCCUGACGCAGCAUCCGACGCCCAUCCAGCUUCUGGAGAUGUGCAAAGAUGUCUCUGAGGGAAUGGCCUACCUGGAGUCCAAGCAGUACAUCCACAGAGACCUGGCUGCCAGAAACUGCUUAGUGGAUGGAAAUGGCACCGUCAAAGUGACUGACUUUGGCCUGUCACGGUACGUCCUGGACGAUGAGUACACAAGCUCAGUCGGCUCAAAGUUUCCUGUCCGCUGGUCGCCUCCUGAAGUUCUUCUCUACUGCAAAUUCAGUAGUAAAUCAGACAUCUGGGCAUAUGGAGUUCUGAUGUGGGAGGUGUACACUCUGGGGCGACUUCCAUAUGAGCGGCUCAACAACACGGAAAUAGUGGAUCAGGUUUCCCGGGGCCUACGCCUCUUCCGCCCUCAGCUGGCCAACGAGAGGGUCUACAGCAUUAUGUCAAGCUGCUGGCUUGAUAAAGCAGAUGAGAGGCCCACCUUUCAGGAGCUGGCUCUAACGGUUCAGGAUUUGCUUUAUGAACUCCAGUAAUAUGAACCCUCCAGAAUGACAGACCAGCAUAUGAAAUAGUUCACUCCCAUUCCCAAAGAGCAGCAUCUUCAUACAUCCCUGCAAAAUCAUUAACAGUGAACAGAUUGAACACACACAGCUGCACGUUCACACUGAGGUCCUCCUUAAUAUGAAUUUAUAGAUUAGACUUGCAUUCCCCUUCACAUAAGCAGAAGUACAGUGUGAGCAACAAACCUCUGAAGAGUCUAUUAUGGUAUUUUAUUGAAGGAUAUUGGAUUUGAAUAUGUAUGUUUUUACUCUUUCUUUGUGUCUGAAUUGAUGUUUAGGCUUUGUGACACAUAUUCAUUGCACAAAUAUAAGCCAAGUAUGCCAGGUUGUGAAGAGACCGAGACAUCAACUUAACUGAAAAUAAUUCUGAAAACAUUUCACCAGUCUGGCAGUGUCAGUCUCACUCAGCAUUUAUUCACACCAGUCCACUCUGCAGAUGAAUAAUAUGGUCACUUUUCUGAAUUUGACUUCAAACACUGGCUGCAUGACUUUGAAGUAAAGGCAGGUAUAAAGACAGUAACUUUGUUUCAUGCGAUAACAAAGUAUUUACAACAAUAGUUGCCUACAUGUCUGCUAAUACGAGGAAAGAGAUGUUUUAAGUUUAGAGCACCAGUGGCCUAAAAGAAGCUUUGUUUUGAAUGUUUAGGGUUAUAUUAGAAUAGAAUGUAAACUGAGAACAAUGCAAAUCUAUUUUGUCAUUGAGAAGAUAGUGUGUAUUAUAUGAAGCCUACAGGAGGGAUAAUUUUGAUUUAACAUAGAUAUUUGUAUAAUUUGUGUCUUCUUUUGAAUAAUAGCGAACGCAGGUAUAUAACUGGACAACCAUUGCAGACAGCACUGUGGUUCUCUGUCUUCCCUUCUGUCGUGUUCUGUGUGCAUUUUAUUGAUUUGUUGUUGGUGAUUAAACUGGUUAAAGUGAAUUUAGUGGUUGUAAUAAUUUUGUGGUUGAACAUAAAAUGUGUCAUAUGUACUGAGUCGGAUGAGAAGACUGAAUAAAGAGUACAAAAGUACAAAAUGUUAAUACAAAAAGAAACAAUAAACUGUUUGACAGCA